CAAUGAAAUGGAAGUAUAGGUACGUUGAAAAUCCUAUGCAACAUCGGAUGAACAAAGAAAAUACAAGACAAAAAAAAGGGGGUGCAGGAGCGCUUCCUUCCUUUGAGCGAUGAUGCAUGUUGAAAAAUGGAAGAAAGACUUCCUUUUUUUCCUUUUCAUGUGAAUUUGGUACUAUGCGACCCUAGGAUAUAUCCUAUUUAAUAGGAAUCCUAUCGAAAUUGAGAGUAUGGUAGGUAAAAAUUAUUUCAGGAAAAAUACUUCUAUUGAAUAAGAGAUAUUUGUAUAUUUUGAGGAAAAUGUGUGCCUACCUAACUGUAAGAUUUUUCCAUUUGUUUUCUCUGGAUUGCUUUUCAUUCGAAAUCACCGAUGGACUCAUCAUAGCAAGGAACAUUCUAUUGAUUUCUUCCUUUGGGAAUUGUUACCCUGCUGAUUGAUCUUAAUCCUUCUCUGGUUAUAAAACUACCUAAUACUCACUAUCUACGUAAUUUCCUUACUUAAUAUUAUCAGCCAUAAUUCUUAGAAGACACUUGAUAAUUGAAUAACACUUAAUUCAUUACAUCGAAGCGAAUUUUCAACAUUUCAAACUCCAAGGAAAUAUUGAAUACUUGGACACUUAUAUUUUUCGUUUCAUUUGAUUUUUGGACAUUAUUUCAGGAUUAUCUGCCUAUCCAAUUAGAGGAGGUUGGUUGGAAAAAAAAUUUAACCAUGAUUUUUUCUUAUCUUCUCCAGAGAUUGAAUGAGCUGUUGAACUAUAACAAAGCCGAUCCCUUAUAUUUAGUUCGAUUGACUACAAUUGAACUUGCAAAAAUAAGGAUUCUCAAGAUAUUGCUUAAAUUGGGCUUAUUAUAUAAUUUAGCUUUAUUCCUGAUUCAAAUACUAUAUUUCUCUUUGAACUUCAACCUGCAACAGUUUAUUCAAUAUUUUUCACUCAACGUUGGAGCCAUACAUGGAUAUAUGGCUGCUUGGAUUUGUCUUCAAUUCGAAAAGGGUGCACUAGACCUAAUGGACUACCAGGAUGCCUAUUAUACAAAACUGGAUCGUAUCAAAGCAAGCACUUACGAAAAAAUAUCAAAAUCAAUACUCACAAGAAGAUACGUGUUUUUAUUGAACAUGGUAUUCCUACAACUGUUGUUCUUUUUCUUCUGGCCAAUAUUCGGAUACGAAGAUGAAUACUAUUUUCCUGUAUUCUUCUUCAAUGAAUAUAUCAAACCUAUUUUUGGACGUUACAUAGUAUAUGCACUUCGUAUAUCUUUUUACUUCGCAACUUACACUUACGUUUCAAGCGCUGGAAUACAAGUUCACUUCAUUCUAUAUUUUUUCUCUCAUAUGCAAUUUCAGUUGAUUAUAGUGGAAGAUAAUAUCAGAGAUAUGGAAAAAAUCGAUGGCAGGAUUCAACAAAGAUUUAUUAAUGACAAUUUGAAAGCUUGCAUCAAACAUUAUAUGUGUAUAAAAAAAUGCAUGAAUCAAUUGGUUGAAUGGAUAUUUUGGGCAAUGGUACCAACUACAGUAGGAAGCUUUGUUAUGCUACUCAGUUAUGUUUAUUUCGUUUUCGCACAAGCAUCUUUAGAAGCUUUUCCAAGAGUUGCAUGUUUAGGUGGUGUGAGUGUGUGCAGCGUUACUCUUUAUGCCAUGAGUGGCCAAUCACUUGCCAAUCAGUGUGAAAGAGUAAACAGUGCCUUAUAUUGCUUACCAUGGUACGGAUUCAACAAAAAAAAUUGUAACCUUUUAAGUCUAUUUAUGGUCACUACAAGCAAACCAUUUCGUCUGAGUUUACUGGGUUUUGUUGACUGUGAUGCAACUUUAGUUUUGAAGGUUUAUAAGUUUGUCUUCUCUUCACUUGCAACCGUUCAGCAAAUAGUUGCGCUCAGAAAAAAGGAUGUCUGAGUAUGGCAGUUGCAUCUAUAUAUAGAUUUAUAAUUCACACACAUUUUUGAAGGUCCUUUUUUCAUUGCAUCCUGAAUUUUUUAAACACGCACACAAUAUAAUUGUAUAAACAAAUAGUAAAAUGUUCAAACAACAUAAGAUAGUAUUAU